CCGGAAGAAUGACGAAUAUGAACAAUCAGUUCACAGCGUCUGACAAAUCCGCUCCUGUUCAGACCCUGACAGAGUCAUCUUCCUCCGCUCUCGUUUUCUGUCUCGCCUAACAAAAACAUUGGAGCGACUAUUAAAAAAAAAUGAAUGUAUUUCACCGGCAAGCACUUUCUAAACACACGGUUGUCUUGGUGUUCGUGCUGAGCGCCGCUCGCUGCUGUCAAGCGUUCAACUUGGAUGUGAGGUUUCCAGUCGUCAAAGAGGGAAAAACAGCUGGCAGUUUGUUUGGACUUUCUGUUGCACUACACGAGCAGGUCGUAAAAGAGAAACGACACCUACUUCUUGUAGGAGCACCGAAAGAGAAAGCAGAGUUGGGAGUGUUGGCCAAUGAGACUGGAGAUGUAUAUGCCUGUCCAAUCACUGCAGACCGCAAUGACUGCAGAAGACUGAACCUUCUCAAAUCAAAUUCUGACGACAUAUCAGACACAAAGGACCCUGGGGUGGAUGGGAUGUGGCUAGGUGUGUCGAUAGCCAGUCAGAGUCAACCAGGGGGCCGUGUACUGGCUUGUGGCCAUCGUUAUAUACGGACCUUUGAAAGCAACUUUCGGAUGAUUGGGAAGUGCUAUGUUCGCGGAAAUGAUUUACAGUAUGACAGCACAGACUCUCAAUGGCAGUCAAACAGUGAGAUAUGUAACCCCAGAGAUGAUCAGACUAAUGAAGGCAUGUGUCUUGCCGGAAUGUCUGCUGCCAUCACUCAGACAGAGAUUUUCUUGGGUGCACCUGGAUGCUUCAACUGGCAAGGAAAUACAUUUUCAGUCUGGUAUAACCCUGAAGAUGAGUUUGAUGAAGUGAGGAGCAAGGUUCCAGACAUUAAAAGAGGGAAUAUUUACAUUGGUUACUCUCUAGCUGUGACUCAAGAUGUGUUAAGCAAAGACAAGGACACAGUGGUAACAGGAGCUCCAAGAGAUGAAGCCAUAGGAUCGGUGACGUUGGGUGAAGUUAUUAAAAAGGGUAGUGGCACUGGGGAAGUCCAAAUAAAAAGCAGUGUCUUGGGGGAACAAGUUGGAUCCUAUUUUGGCAGCAGCAUUGCUGUUGUUGACCUUAACAAUGAUGGUUGGAAGGAUCUGAUUGUUGGAGCCCCUUUCUAUUUCGACCGGAAAAAAGAUGAAGGCGGGGCAGUGUAUGUCUAUAUGAACCAGAACGGGUCUUUUGGUCGCAAAGCUGACGUGGUCCUCACUGGGCCAAAGGGCUCAGCUUUUGGCAUGGCUGUUGUUGCUAUUGGUGAUGUUAACCAGGAUGGCUUUCAGGAUUUUGCUGUUGGUGCUCCAUAUCAUAGCACAGGAAGAGGAAGAGUGUCUAUAUGGAUGGGCAACAAAACGGGUAUUUCCCAAAAGCCUAGUCAGGUCAUUGAAGGAAAAGACAUCCCAGGUGGUGGAUUCCAAACAUUUGGCUAUUCCAUCAGUGGUGGCAUGGAUGUGGACACAAACAGUUACCCAGACAUAGCAGUGGGGUCAUUAGAUGAUCGUGUGGUCGUGCUAAGAGCACGUCCUGUGAUUCACCUAAACAAUAUCUUCGCUGUGACACCAGUGGUUAUCAGCCUAGAAGACUGUGAUGCCUGUAUUGAAGCAAAAGUCUGUUUCUCCUACACAUUCAGCACUGGCAGUGCCACAUCCCAGAAGAGUAUUACUUUGCAAUAUACGGUGGAAGCCGAUCAGCAAUCGUCUCGGAGCCCUCGUGUUCGUUUCCUUGACAACAAAGAUGGCAAAUACACUGGCAAAAUGUCUGUUAAUCCGUCUGGAGAUUGCCAUUCUUUGAAACUCGAUCUAGUGUCCAAGACGGUCAAAGACAAGGUUGCUCCGAUAGUUUUCCUUCUGAGCGUGUCUUUGGUGGAGCCUCCUCCCUCAGGCGGGCAGACGUUGGAAGACCUCAGUGCUUUUCCUGUGAUCAGCCAAAAAUCCGCUCUGACUAGCAAAACUGAGAUUCACAUUCAAAAAGCCUGUGGAUCAGAUAACAAAUGUGAGAGCAACCUUCAGAUGACGGCAGCAUUCACAGAUGAGCAGAACAAGCCGUUCCCCACGCAGGACGGCCACCAGGUUUUCAGCUACACUACUGACAAAAAGAAGCUGAAGUUGAUGGUGAGUGUGUCCAAUGUUCCAUCGCAGGACAGGAAAGGUGAAGACGCUUACUUUGCUGUUCUAAAUGUCACCAUUCCCACCUCGCUCAGCUUCUCCAGCAUAAACCCAAAGAACCUGAAUGUUGAAUUGUCUCCUGGGGUGCCUUAUCUUCUGUGUACACUGGGGGACCCCUUCAAAAGCAAUCAGAGGGUGGAGAUUGAGAUCACCUUUGAAACGACAGGAAUCACAAUAGACAUGCUGGAGUUUCAGACUGAGCUGCAGCUCUCAACGUUGAGCAAUCAGAGUGAUCUACAGCCCCUGUUGAGAGUGCUGAUGGUGGAGUACAACCUACAGCCCAUCUUUAAUAACCCUCAGCCCUCAGAGUGUAGAACGGAAUUCAGUGGAAAAGUAAUAGGAGAGUCAGCCAUGAAAAGUACCAGUGACAUUGGUAGCCCAGUGGAAUUCAACUUGACGGUGUCUCUUCCUGGAAAACCUCUGGGAAAUCUGGGGUCUCUGGAAGUGGUUUUUCAGUGGCCUUACGCUGUGGCUAAUCAGAAGUGGCUGCUUUAUCUGACAGAGAUUCAGAUGACAGGAACCUCCAAGCCAUUCUGUGUCCCUGAAAAUAACAUCGUAAACCCCCUUAAACUCACUGUGUCAGAGCGCAAGACUACAAGGAGGAAAAGAGACGAGUCCUCCUCAGAGUCUGAACAGUCUGAACCGCAGGCCCUCCCGAACCCGCGGGCCGUCCAGAGGAAACCGCCUGCCAACCUGAACUGUGACACGGGUAGUGCCCUCUGUCAGACAUUCACCUGCCCUUUGCUUGGCAUGGACACCUCGGCCAUUCUCACGGUCAGAGCACGCGUAUGGAACAGCACGAUGCUUGAGGACUACAAUGGUGUAAGAGUGCAUGUGGCUGGUAGUGCUACACUGAGUCUAAAAACAGACAAACCAACCAUCAAGAUGAGCAAUUACACCCGUGAGUUUACAGUAGCUAUAGAACCUGCAGAAGCAGAAGAGCUUAAGUAUGAAGUGCCUCUGUGGAUAAUCAUUGUGUCCGCAUUGGCAGGAGUGAUUCUGCUGGGUCUGAUUGUCAUUUUACUGUGGAAGUGUGGUUUCUUCAAGAGGGCCAACACCAGAGAGCUUUAUGAGGCCAAGGCCCAGAAAGCAGAAAUGAAAACACAGCCAUCUGAAAAUGACCGCCUUACAGAAGAGGACUGAGAUUUGCUGGCCUUUGUGGGCCUCUGACACAAAUAGUGAAUUCAGUGGCUUUUUUUAAGCGGGCUGCCUACUUCCGAACUAUGCCAAAAUACCAAGGCGUGAAGAUCUGUAAGAAGGAACAGUACCAGGUAAACCAGGGCUUUUUGAUUGUGGACACCACAAGCAAUACGAAACACUGGAUCACACGCUGGACCGAAAAGACACAGUACUACUGAUGAAAGCACUCUUAAACUGUCUCCGUUGGACCUUGGACUUUACAGACGUUUAUUAGACGUUCUGGAUUAGAACUUCUUUUGGAUAUCAGAUGUAAUUGAACAUGUUUGUUCAAAACUGUCGAACAUGAACUCGUUAUGCAGAAGACACUGUGUGAGAUUACAUUUUGAUGCUUGUUUUGGUACCAUUUUUUUCAACGGAAUGCAUGUAUUAUGUUUGCUGACGGGCUCAACAAUAAGGAUUUUUUCUGCUGGCUCAGUAGGUCAGAUUUGUGCUUGGCCUGCCAACAUUUUCACUGUCACCCACCACAAAGGAAUGAUCCGUUUUUAUAUUUACGCUCUUAAAAAUAAAGGUUCCUUAUUGGCAUCUGUGGUUCCAUGACAUCUUUAACAUCCAUGGAAUCUUUCCAAUGCACAAAAGGUUCUUUUUAGUGGAAAUAUAGUUAAGUAAUAGUUUUUUAAAAGGUUUUUUACACUAUGAUAUUUUCCACUGAAAGGUUCUCUGGGGAACCCAAAAUAGUUUUUUUAUGAAAUCGCGGUAAUCCUUUAUUUUUAAGAGAAUUGCAAUGUGUUUUUACCGUAUUUUUAAUUUUUAUUCAUUAAAAUUCCUUUAUCACAACUCCAGAAAGACAACAUGCAACAAGCUGGAAAUUCUAUAGCUAAAAUAUACUGUAAUUCAUUUAUGCUAAAAAACAAUGGCUUCAGAAACAAUUUGGUAACACUUUACAAUGAGGUCUUUACAAUUAGUUAACAUUAGUUAACAUGAACUAAGAGUUAACAAUACUUCUACACAUUAGUCUUAGUUAAUGUUUAUUUUAGCAUUAACUAAUGCAUUAUUAAAAUCACAAGUUGUUAACAUUAGUUAAUGCACUGUGGACUAAUGUGAACUAACAAAGAACAACUGUAUUUUUACUAACAUUAACAAAGAUGAAUUAAUAGUGUAAUAAAUGUAUUGUUCAUUGUUCGUUUAUGUUAGUUAAUACAUUAACUAAUGUUAACAAAUAACACCUUAUUGUAAAGUGUUACCAACAAUUUGAACUCAGAAAUUGCUAGGAAGUAAGUACAAAGAAAUGAGUAACACUGAAUUAAACAUGACAUUUUGAAAUAGACUGAAAUAGUAUCUUCUUGGCAUACUCCAGUAAUCCUUUUUUAAAAAACUUUUUCAUUUUUACAGUGUACAGUCGAAAACAUAUUGGCGUUUUCAAGAUGAAGAUUAUCCCAACUCUUUUUCUUUUGUAACAAAAGCUUGCGUUUGUUAUCCAACUAGAAUGUAGAAUACAACCGAACGCUUAAAUGUGAAAAGCAUAAAAAUGUAUGUCCAAAAUCAAUGAUUGUGAAUUUGUGAUUGUGUCAGUCAUCCACUUUUCUAGUGAAUCAUCCUUGUUGUUAAGCUCUGUGUUAUGUUUGAUUCUUUCGCAUUUAUCUGUGUGAGGAAUUGUAUGUGCCCUAACUGAGAAUAGCACUGUAUUUUUUCUCUUUCGACUUUUUCGAUAGUGCUAAAAUCUGUUGCCCA